UAUUGUUAUUACUGAAAUCUCUGUUCUAGUACCACUGUUGUUUUGGUACCUUUAUGAAUGGAGUAUAUCUGUCCAUUGUCAUGUUAAAGUUAGUAGAUGGGUUGAAGCUAGAGUAAAGUUAGUAGUUAGGGUAAUGGUUGAAAUAUGA